CCAGGGGAGGUAACUCUCACCACUAAAAGGAAAUAUUAACGACUGUAAUAACAUCGUGCCGAAAUUUGCUUUGUUUGGGAAUCGCAUCCUGCAACCACACCGGCAAUAUGUCUAAGAUCUAUUUUGUCAACAUCUCAGUGACCCCGCUCAAGGAAGGGAUGGACAUGGUGCUAUUUGUGUCAAAACUCGCAGGAUUAGUGCAAAAUUACUCCAACCACACGAAGAUUCUUCACAAGUUCAAAGUAACUGGAGAGCCCCAGAUAGUAGCUAUCAUUGAGGUGGCUGAUGUUAUUGGACUAGAGAGGACAAUUGCUGGGCUGUAUCGCCUUGGUAACGUGUCUGUGACAUGCACCCCUCUCUACUGCUAUGAGGACUUCGCCAACUUUCUGGAAGUGGGGCCGAUCACAUUCCCAGGACCAUUGCCGGAAAAUGACCUCUACUGGCUCGAGUUUGAUUUGGAGUAUAAAGGGAAAAGCCUGGAUCAGUUUGUGGAGAUCUGGAGGAAAGAGGCCCACAUGGCGCUGAGUUCCAGAGCUGAAGGUCUGCCUGUUGCCCUGUACAAGGUGCUGAUGGAGAGGAAAGUACAUGUGUUCCUGUGUGUGCCCGACCCUGCCAAGUUGGAUGAGAUGGCCUUCAACCUGCCAAUCAUGGUGGAGAACGGAGAGAAUGUCCACAUCAAAUGCAAGGCCAUUCAGAUGCUGGACGUCUUCAGACAGAAAGUUGUGGCCUAGUGGAGCUCCAUACUGGUAGACACAUUUCCGCCAUACUGGCGGACAUAUCUUGGGAUUUAACAUGUAACGCGAGGUGGCCUAGUGCAGCUCCAUACUGGCAGACACAUCACAAGAUGUAUCAUGUAACACGAUGUGGCCAAGUGGAGCUCCAUACUGGCAGACACAUCACAAGAUGUAACAUGUAACACGAUGUGGCCAAGUGGAGCUCCAUACUAGCAGACACAUCUCCAGAUGUAACAUGUAACGUGAUGUGGCCAAGUGUAGCUCCAUACUGGCAGACACAUCUCUGAAUGUAACAUGUAACACGAUGUGUCCAAGUGGAGCUCCAUACUGGCAGACACAUCUCAAGAUGUAACAUGUAACACGAUGUGGCCAAGUGGAGCUCCAUACUAGCAGACACAUCUCCAGAUGUAACAUGUAACACGAUGUGGCCAAGUGGAGCUCCAUACUGGCAGACACAUCUCCAGAUGUAACAUGUAACGUGAUGUGGCCAAGUGUAGCUCCAUACUGGCAGACACAUCUCUGGAUGUAACAUGUAACACGAUGUGUCCAAGUGGAGCUCCAUACUGGCAGACACAUCUCCAGAUGUAACAUGUAACACUAUGUGGCCAAGUGGAGCUCCAUACUAGCAGACACAUCUCCAGAUGUAACAUGUAACACGAUGUGGCCAAGUGGAGCUCCAUACUGGCAGACACAUCUCCAGAUGUAACAUGUAACCAAGUAUCUCACAACAGAUGUAGUGAAGGGCGAAGUGUAUUAAGCUCUCUCAUCAUGGGCAGGAACUUUUAACCAAAUACAGGUAUGUCUUGACAAUGGGUUCGUCUCAUUUGUGACAUAAGUCAUGUACAUGUUUGUAAUAUUUCAUAGUUUGAGUGUACAAUAUAUGUUAUCAUUGUUCGACCACGUUGUGAGAAAAUGAUUUGUGUAUUAUCGUUGACUAUAAGCAUACGUCUCCAGGCUGUUGGUGGUAUCAAGUUUCUGUGUUUUGUUGCUUGGGUCAGAACUGGGUUUUGAAAAUAUAAUAAACCUGUGUUUUAAAUUACAUAUAGAGAUAUACAUACAUAGAUAUGAAAUUGUUGUCAUAUAUCACUGAAGGGAUGCUUUGCUUCAGAAUUUAGAACCCACAGUGAUUGACUGAUUAGAAAUGUUGCCUGACAAGAGAGUAAUGAAUCAGAUCUGUUAUUAUGGCAUUGGUGGGAAGCAACAUCUUAACAAUAAUAGCUAGGGAUCGUGAAUAUUUUUGAGGUUAUAUUUAUGAAAUUGUGUGCUCAAUCCUCACUAUAAAAAUAUAACCCCAAAAAUGUUAUCGUCCUACGCCUUUGUUCAGUAUGUAGUGACUGAUUUAUCCACCUUCUGGACCUCGAAUCAUGGAGAUGAGAUCCAAAAUGUAAGACUAAAUUCCUCAUCCUAUACCUGUAGAUCGCAAUCUCAUUAAAAUCAGAUCUUAGUUCUCGCUACCGCUAAACAAAGAUCUGAGCACAUCCCAUUACGGGUCAUGUCAGAACAACCUUUCACAUACUUUGACAGACCGAUGAAAUGACUAACAAGAAGUCGACAUUAGCCAAUCAGAAAGCAGCUUUCUCGAGCUUUAUGGCACAAGAUUUCAAACUGGCAACUACACUUGAAAAAUAUGUUGCCCACGUACUAUGCAAAGUCUCUUCCUUUCAAAUGUUUAUCCCAUUAAAGCGAGAUAGACGAUGCUUUAUACGGCAUGUUGUAAUUGUCGUUCGGAAUAUCCUGUGUUGUCCUUUUCGACAGUUGCAUGAAUAGAAAUCACAUUCCGACUGUCACUUUCAUGAUCUGGUAAGCAAGGCUCUGGUAAGCUUGGAUGAAAGGUCGUUCUGAUGUGACCAGUAAUGGGAUGUCCUCAGAUCUUUGUUUAGCGAUAACUAAGAUCUGAUUUCAAUCAUUAUUGCCAGGACAGUGACUGGAUUAGGGAUGUCCCAGCACAUCAUUACCCUAUUGUCUUGUGUAUAGUACACGCUUGAGUUGAAGGCACACACCCCAUUGUUGGGAAGAGGUUCGGGGGAAACUUACAUACUAUUUGGUAUAUAAUAAGCUGUCAAAAACUACUGAGAUCACAUCAGGUGAACAAACAAUAGAUAAAAAACUUGGUCAACAAGACUUCACCGAAAAUUAAUGUACACAAUAUUAAAUGAAAUUAUGAAUAAAAUUAUGGAUGUAGAUUAUAAACAUGAAGCCACAAAUUGAACACUUUAUUACGGUGUUUAAGGCUUAAAAAAUAAAAGAAUUGAUUCUCAGCAUUUUGAAAAUAUAGUGCAGAUGGUGUCUUUGUUUUUUGUCUGUUUUUGUUGUUGUUCAAACUAAGAUGUACCCAAACAAACAGUUGUGUACAAUCAGCCUGGGAAAGGGCUCCCUACAGAAAUGUAUGUUUUGAUGAGUAAAAUACUGGAAUACAGUAUUUGACUACCGUUGGUCUUGGAAUAUUUAAGGAUUUUUAUAUAUUUUUUUUUAAAAAUGGAAAUAAAAAACCAAACGUGUGGUGAACUUUAUGAUGAUGACUGAGAACCAAGACUAAUAUUUUUUUUAGUCUAAUAACAGGACUUUAGUACAGAUUUUGUUUACAUGCAGUUUUCGGAGCUAUUUACUUUGGAAUUAAUUCAUUUCCUGCAUGUUUAAUAUGUAACCCCCUCAGCUGUAUUUUUUGGGGUGGUAGGGGGGAAUUGAACAUUAUACACAGGAAUAUAUGGCAUUAUUGGUUAUGAAUUUAACCAAAUUACCUCGUCAUAAUCCUGUCUAGUGUACAAGAACUCAGCCCUAACUUUAUAUCAUAAACAUUCUGAAUGGCUCAUUUUCAUUGGAGUUUGAAUGUUUUCCCUUUGGCUUAUUUCUACCUUUAUAGGGCAGUGGUUAGCCUAGUGGUUAAAGUGUUUGCUCGUCGGACCAAAGACAUGGGUUUGAUUCCCAACAUGGAUAUGUGUGAAGCCCAUGCCUGGUGUUUCCCUCAAUGAUAUUGCUUCCUAAAACCAAACUCACUCACUUUUUCUACCAUAAGAAAUAUUAAUAUUUAAUCUGUAAACUACUAUAUGCAGGUUGCUAUAUAUUUUAUCUAUAUUAUAACCACAUGGGCGGAUGUUGUAAUGGGUGGAUGGGGUCCAUUUGGGAAUUUGUCACUUCAGUGUGGGAUUGGGAGGAGCAGAUGUUCAAUGUUUUACCUUCAGCAUCAGGAUGUAUCAGUGGGGUUGGGUGGAGUGUUUAACUUGUCGAAAUACACAUGUGUAUCAAUAAAACAAGGAUAUUCUU